AUGGCUGCUCGCGAGAAGAAAUCAGGAGAUGCCGAAUCAGCGCCGGUCACCUCGAAGGAGGAUGGCGCAAGCGCACAGGGCUCAGGUUCGGGUGCCACCCAAGGCAUGUCAUUCCGCGUCGGCAUAUCAGAGGACUCGAACAAACGUUGGCGAAGGGCAAUGGAGGAUGCACACGCCUUUGUGUACGACUUUGGAGACGUCCAUGGCCAAGGCUUCUUCGGUAUUUUCGAUGGACAUGCCGGCAAGGACGCUGCCGAAUGGUGCGGUCAGAACUUUCAUCAGUAUCUCCUCAAGACGUUAGAGUUCGACUCUGACAAGCCAGUCCCCGACCUGCUUAAUGCCACCUUCCAUAUCGUCGACAAGGAGCUUGCCAGCCUCGCCAGUCAGAAGGGCUCCUCCAGCGGAUGCACUGCCGCCGUUGCUUUCUUACGGCUCGAAGACGAGUCUAGCCGCCCACUGAAAGCGAAUGCAAACCCGAACGUGGGUGGAAAGGGGAACAGCGACACAACAGCCUCCGAGACAAGCAAGGAGGCGGCGACGGGCGAUGGUCUCUGGGGCAGGAUCUCAAAGCGCUUCGAAUCAGCGGAUGGUAAGCGUACAGAGAUAUCGUCCGCAACACCCAGAAGAGUGUUGUACACCGCCAACGUCGGUGACGCGCGGGCCGUGCUCUGCCGCGACGGUAAAGCAGUUCGCCUCAGCUACGAUCACAAGGGCUCUGAUGCACAAGAAGCUAAGCGGAUCACCGAUGCAGGAGGUUUCGUGAUGAACUCUCGCGUCAACGGUGUACUUGCCGUGACUCGCUCAUUAGGAGAUUCUGCGAUGAAAGAGUUCGUCGUCGGUUCUCCAUACACGACCGAGACCGUUCUUGGGAGCGAAGAUAGCUUCCUUAUUAUUGCCUGCGAUGGGGCUGACCAUCCAUUGUUUGGACAGCUUUGGGACGUUAUUGAGGAUCAAGAAGCGGUGGAUCUCAUCAAGGACCUUCAGGAUCCUCAAGAGGCCUCGCAACGAUUGCUCGAGCAUGCCUUGUCAGAAUUCAGCACGGAUAACACCUCGAUCAUGGUCAUUCGCUUUGUACAUGCCUCUUGA